GGAAUUUCACCCACACCCAUGGGGUGCCGUCGCCCUGUGAUAAGCUUGCCUGGAGCCACUUGCUCCGAUACUUCUGGAACCCAUCUCUAGCGGCGCUGGCCAUAAAACCCUGAUAAUCCCAACUCAACUGGGCGAACCAACAACGUCCACUGGCCACGAUUAGAUUGCUACGGAAAUGGGCAGUGCACGGAACCUAUUGUUGCUAUCCUCGUCGCGUUUGCACGGCCACGGAUACUUGGAGCAUGCGCGCGGCCAGCUGGAGGAUCUCUUCAAGAGCGCCAAUGUGAAGACCGUGCUCUUUGUGCCCUACGCUCUGCGGGAUCACGACAAGUACACUGCCACCGUGCGGGAUGCACUGCAGCCGUGGGGCUUCCAUGUGGAGGGACUGCACACGAAGCCGGAUCGCGAGAAGGCCUUGCGGGAGGCACAGGCCAUCUUUGUGGGCGGCGGCAACACCUUUGUGCUCCUGCGCUCGCUCUACGAGAUGAAGCUGCUCGAUCCGAUCCGGGAACUGGUGCUACAGCAGGGAUUGCCCUAUGUGGGCAGCAGUGCGGGCACGAAUGUGGCCACCCGAUCCAUACACACCACCAACGACAUGCCCGUGGCCUAUCCACCAAGCUUCGAGGCCCUCGCCCUGGUCCCAUUCAACAUCAAUCCGCACUAUCUGGAUCCGGAGGCGGGCAGUCGGCACAAGGGCGAGACGCGGGACGAGCGGCUGGAGGAGUUCGUCGCGUAUCAUGGACUGCCCGUGCUGGGUCUUCGCGAGGGCACCAGUGUUCGCGUGCAGGGCGAGAAGGCCACGCUCCUGGGCGAUCGCAAUGCCAAGCUAUUCAAGGUUGACGGCAAUGCCGAGGAGCUGGCACCGCAAGCGGAUCUUAGCUUCCUGCUGCACAAAUAGGCAUUUAAAGCAAAAAAAGCAAAAAAAAUGUUAAUUAAAGAAAACAUUGCAAGUUAUUGUACAUAUGCA